AAAAUAUCUUGACAAAGGCCUGCAGUUGAAAAAUGGCCGGCUGGCUAACACUGGCACAUUUACAGAUAUGUUGAUUAAUGUGCGUUGUCAUUAUAAAUAAAAGAAAUGAAAUUAAACUGUAUGUGCAAAAGUUUACAAUAGUCCAGUAAUGUAUUCUUGAAGUGCAGUUUGCUAGUGAUACUUACUUGUGUAGGAGUAUGUUUGCAGUGUAGUGCUGCAGCUCCUGAUACCUCCUCCAUCACUGCUCAUUUUUGAUCUUCACACUCAGCUCACUGUUGGUUUUACUUGAAGAUGUACCGCCCCUCUCUGGCGGCCCGGAGGAACUGCGUUCUGGGUGCGCUCGGUUUACAGUCACCAUGACAACCACAGGACACGAAGGCUAACCGGUUAACUCCACUUGACUGAAGUGUUAGCUAAUGAUAUUCUUCUUUUCUUAUUUUACUCGAUAGUUUGUUGAAUAGUGUCCUGUAACAAAAUGGACACGUCUGUAAUUCUGCCUGUCGAGGCAGAGGCGUUUGUUCAAAGUCUGGAAACUUUCUCUCUGAAGGAGGUGGGCUCUGAGAGGUGGUUCAGACAGCACGAGCACAUCGAGAAACUCAACAUGCAGGCGAUACUGAAUGCUUCUGCUAUGCACCAUGAGUUCGUCAAAGAGCACCUGGUGUCCUAUGGAAAGAUACCUGUUCUGGUCCAUGAAAUGAUCCUCAUCGAAGUGUGGAAACACAAAGUGUUCCCCAUCUUAUGUCAGCUGCAGGACUUUAAUCCCAAGAACACAUUUCAGCUGUACAUGGUGAUCCACCAUGAAGUCACGAUCAUAAACCUACUUGAAACGAUAAUGUAUCAUAAGGAUUCAUGUGACUCAGCCGAUGACUCUGUUCUUGACUUGGUGGAUUACUGCCACCGCAAACUCACCUUACUGGCGAGCAAAGUGACCAGGGAGGGCGCAAUGACUCUUGACCAACACAACCUGAGAGAAGCAGUUGUAUCCACUAUAGAGGAGUUGCAGGUGCAGAGUGCUGCACUGGAGUUUGAAAUCUCCCUGAAGGCUGUUUCUGUGCUGCGCUACAUCACUGAUCACACCGAGAGUGUCAGUGUCAUCAACCGCAUGCUGUGCACACAUAACCUGCCUUGCGUCCUGGUUCAGCUGAUUGACUGCUGCCCUUGGAGUCGCUACAAAGAAGGUGAAGUAGAAAAGUACAUCAGUGGUAGAUGGCAGAAGAUCCCUGCUGAGGACCGUUUAAAGAUGACAAAACUAGACGGUCAGGUCUGGAUUUCUCUUUACAAUCUGCUGCUGAAGGAAGACUGCCAAAGGAAAUAUGAAUUCAACAGUUUCAACAAGAAUCAGCUUCUGAAGCUGCGGGGUUUCCUGACGGAGGUGUUGGUUGAUCAGCUGCCAAACCUGGUGGAGCUGCAGCGUUUCCUGGCUCACCUGGCCGUUACAGACCCUGCCCCUCCAAAAAAGAGCCUCAUUCUGGAACAGAUCCCAGAAAUGUGGAACCACAUUGUGAGUGAGAAUUCUGGGAAGUGGAAGGCAAUAGCAAAGUAUCAAGUCAAAGAAACGUUCAGCCCGUCUGAGAGUGACCUGAGGCAGCAGGCACAGAGGUUGGCCCAGAUGUACAAUUUGGAUCUGAUGGAGAGUUUACUCCCCGAGAAGCCAAAGUGUGGAUCCUGUGGGAAAGAGGCUGCAAAGAGAUGCUCUCGAUGUCAGGGAGAGUGGUACUGUCACAGAGAAUGUCAGGUGAAGCACUGGCCUAAACACAAGAGAGCCUGCCAGCUUAUGGCCGAGGCCACAGAGAAGAUCCAGAGGGACCUGCACAUCAACAGCUAAUGAAGAGAGACUGCUGACACACAUGAAACAACUGGUGAUGGACGAUAGACUGUUGAGUCACACAAUGGGAGGGGAACAGAUCUGCAUGUUCACGACGCUAAUUCAGAUUCCUAUACAUUUUUGAAAUUCUCUCAAUGCAGGAAAAGUUUGUGCCCAGUUAUAAAGUGUUAUUGUUCUUUUUGUUUUGAAUACUGUAAUGUUUGUUUAUGAUUUUGUGUUUGUCAUUUGUGUUUAAUAAAACCUUG